AUGCUCCUUCAACACUCCGAGGAGCGGAGGACGGAGGGGCGGAAGACAAGAGGCGAAGGCCGGCUGCACAACAGACAUAUGACCUCUGGAGCGGCGCGGGGCCGUCUGAGGCGAAGACAGGACAGGCAAGGAUGGACGGCCCUCCACUGGGCUGCAGUAGUUAGUGAAGCUGAGUGUGUGUCUACCCUCAUCCCGGUCACGCCGCCCACCCCCGAGCUGCUGCAUGCCGCCGACGGACACACCCCGGUGCACCUCGCCAGCUUUUAUGGCCACGAGGCUAUGCUGAAGGCCCUGGAGGGGGCUGGCUGGCCUCUUUACGCAAUGGACGGCGAUGGCCUGACACCCCUGCACUGGGCUGUGAAGGCAAGGCGUCUGGACGUGGUCAGGUACCUGCUGGAUAAGGACGCGGCGCCCAGUACGGGGGCCGGUGAUGACCUCACGCCGCUGGACUUGGUUAAGAGGCAGGGUAAAGACUUAGCAGCGAGGUGGCUGACGAGGAGGAGCGGCGCGGUGCACGGGGACGCCGCCCACAGCAUGCUGCCUGAGGUCACGUCCAGUGCCGGGGUGAACGCUGCAGCAGGUGACGACACGCUGCGGCCAGAGGACGUGAGGAAACUGCUUGGCUUCAGAGAAUGGCUGAUAGACUACUGGAACAACUUCAACAGGAAGGAGCUCAUCACCGCCGUACUGGCAGGAGACGAGGUCAGGGUCAGGGACGUCCUUGCCAGGGGAGGAGACCCCAAGGUGACCGUCCCCAUGAAAAAUGGUGUGUCGUAUUGCCUUGUGGGCAUUGCUUCCCGCAAUGGCCACGCCCACCUCCUGCCCUGCCUGCUGGGGGCGGGGCUCAGGGUGGAGGGCAGCGGCACCGACGACAAAACACCACUGAUGGUGGCUUCCUUCAAUAACCACAAGACGACGGUAGAGAAGCUCCUCAGUCUUGGUGCCGACCCGCUGGCUGUUGACAAAGGAGGAUGGACGGCCCUCCACUGGGCUGCAGUGUUUGGUAAAGCUGAGUGUGUGUCUACCCUCAUCCCGGUCACGCCGCCCACCCCCGAGCUGCUGCAGGCCGCCGACGGACACACCCCGGUGCACCUCGCCAGCUUUUAUGGCCACGAGGCUGUGCUGAAGGCCCUGGAGGGGGCUGGCUGGCCUCUUUACGCAAUGGACGGCGAUGGCCUGACACCCCUGCACUGGGCUGUGAAGGCAAGGCGUCUGGACGUGGUCAGGUACCUGCUGGAUAAGGACGCGGCGCCCUGUACGGGGGCCGAUGAUGACCUCACGCCGCUGGACUUGGCUAAGAGGAAGGGUAAAGACUUAGCAGCGAGGUGGCUGGCGAGGAGGAGCGGCGCGGUGCACGGGGACGCCGCCCACAGCCUGCUGCCUGAGGUCACGUCCAGUGCCGGGGUGAACGCUGCAGCAGGUGACGACACGCUGCGGCCAGAGGACGUGAGGAAACUGCUUGGCUUCAGGGAAUGGCUGAUAGACCGCUUCAACGAGAAGGAGCUCAUCACCGCCGUAAAGGCAGGAGACGAGGUCAUGGUCAGGAACAUCCUCGCCAGGGGAGGAGACCCCAAGGUGACCACCCCCAUUAAUGUUGGUGGGUCGUGGUGCCUGGUGGCAGUGGCUGCCCGCCAUGGCCACACCCACCUCCUGCCCUGCCUGCUGGGGGCGGGGCUCAGCGUGGAGGGCAGCGGCACUGACGACAAAACACCACUGAUGGCGGCUGCCAUGAAUAACCACAAGACGACGGUAAAGAAGCUGCUCAUCCUUGGUGCCGACCCGCUGCCUGUUGACAAAAGAGGAUGGACGGCCCUCCACUGGGCUGCAGUAGAUGGUGAACCUGAGUGUGUGUCUACCCUCAUCCUGGUCACGCCGCCCACCCCCGAGCUGCUGCAGGCCGCCGACGGACACACCCCGGUGCACCUCGCCAGCUUUGGUGGCCACGAGGCUGUGCUUAAGGCCCUGGAGGGGGCUGGCUGGCCUCUUUACGCAAUGGACGGCGAUGGCCUGACACCCCUGCACUGGGCUGUUAAGGCAGGGCGUCAGAACGUGGUCAGGUAUCUGCUGGAUAAGGAUGCGGCGCUCAGUACGGGGGCCGGUGAGGACCUCACGCCGCUGGACUUGGCUAAGAGGCAGGGUAAAGACUUAGCAGAGAGGUGGCUGGCGAGGAGGAGCGGCGCGGUGCACGGGGACGCCGCCCACAGCCUGAAUCCUGAGGUCACGUCCAGUGCCGGGGUGAACGCUGCAGCAGGUGACGACACGCUGCGGCCAGAGGACGUGAGGAAACUACUUGGCUUCAGGGAAUGGCUGAUAGACUACGUGAACAAGAAGCUUGGUCCUCCUCCCUCGACCUCAUACAACGCAGCCAACUUGAGCAGGUACAAUAACAAGCCUGCAGGAUCAUCCUUGGGCCCGCCUACACCACCUACCAAGAAGCCCUCGAUUCCCUCACCCUCACCACCCUCCAAGAGCGACACUCGACCCUGCUGCAGCUCUGUGCGAGUGAUCUGCUCAACCACCCUAGACAUCGCAACCUACUCGUCCCUGCAGUCUCUCGUCCACGCCAGUCAGUGA